UUCAACUGGGACCAGACGAGUGAGGCCAGGCCUGCCGCAGAAAUGGACUGUUGCGCCUUUGGAUUGAUGCGCAUGGUGCUGCUGUGCGUAUGCGCAGAUCGGAGCUUUGCGCAACAUGCUCCAGAGUGUUUACCUGGAGGCCACCGGAUUUUGCGUAACCCCAACCGCAGUGUUGAUUUUGACUCCACUGAGAUCCAGAACACGGCCAUCCAGGACCUGAUCUGCGACCACUCGCUGUCACCGGGCUGGUACCGCUUCUGGAUCAACAACAAACCGGCUGAGAUGCCGACUGCCUGUGUUGAGAUGAACCGCUGUGGGACGCAGGCGCCGGUGUGGCUGUCUCUGAAGGACGCCUCCCUGCCGCGGCCCGGCGAGGUCCGCCAGCUCUCUGCCUGCGCCACCUGGCAGUUCUUCCACGGCAGCACAAAGGACUGCUGCCUCUUCCGCAUUCCCGUCACGGCGCGGAACUGCGGCGACUUCCUGCUCUACUACCUGCAGCCCACGCAGGGGUGCAUGGGAUACUGUGCAAAAGUUGUUCCAGAUGUGGCGCACGUGCUCUGCCCACCCGGUGAGACCGACGUCAACGGCCGAUGUCAAGCUGCUGUGCCGUCCUUGUUGUCCCGGCCGGUGAUCACUGCUGAGCUGAUCAGCCGCAGCGUCCACCUGAGGUGCUCCUUCACCCCGCCGGCAUGGACCCAGCGUCUAGGCUACCAUGUGGCUUGGGCGCGACACGUUGGCCUCAGCAUGAAGACUGAGAUCAGGCAGGAAUCCACGCUGGAGACCUUCUCGCUGAUGGAGAUGGACGGCGUUCACUUCAGGCUGGGAGAAACGUUCUCCUGCAGCGUGUCGACUUUCACGGCGAACUCCAGCCACAGCAGAUCCGCCGCCAGAGACAGUGAGAACUUCUACGCUGGGCUGAAGUUUUCUCCAGACUCACUCCACAUCACGGAGAACGCUGAAGUUCACAAGGUCACUGUCCACAGCACAGUUCCCAUCGCCUGCUACAACCAGGACCUGGACCAGCGCUGUGGACUCCCUCUGGCUCUGAGUGUUCACGAUCCAGACAGUCUUGGACUUGAGGCUGCCAACGUGGCGCUCUCUGCCUGCCAGGUGGCACUCCAGCCGACCGCCUGCAGCAACGGCAGCUGUGGUCGAGCGGCGUUCAUGGUCGCUGCCGUCACCGACUUCACACGUGAUGGGAACCGACCCAGUGUGGUCAGUGUGCUGCCUGGACACCCGGUACCACGACUCUGGAGGAACUACAUCCCAGCGUCACUCAAAGUCACAGUCAAAGAUGUUCCCACGUCCAUCUGCUACUCGCUGACUGAUCCACACGUCAUCACUCUGGACGGCAGGUAUUAUGAAAACCACCAGACCGGCACCUUUGUUCUAUACCGGAGUCUGGCCCGGGACUUUGAAGUCCACUCCCGGCAGUGGGACUGUGGCAGCCAUGACCACGCUGUCACCUGCAACUGUGGCGUUGCGGCACGAGACGGGAACGAUGUCACCGUUUUGGACAUGUGCAACAGCCAGCCACAAGAAACAAAGCCCCGUCUCACCCUGAAGGACCUCGAGGACGGAGAUGGCACCAGGAACAGGGUCAGGGUGCUGGAAACCCAUCAGGGGAAGAAGGUCACUCUGAUCUUUCCCUCCGGGGCCUUUGUUAGGGCCGAUGUCAGCGACUGGGGGAUGAGCCUGUUCCGCGCGCCCAGUGUCGACUACGGCAGCACGCAGGGUCUCUGCGGCACCUUCGAUCACAACAUCAACAACGAUUUCCUCGGCGCUGACGGCAGAUCCUUCCACGCAGACAACCUGCAUCACUUCAUAGAGGACUGGAGGCUCCCUCCUGGUGAGAGUUUAUUUGAUGCCACGCCUCCUAAAACCGCUCAGGUGGUCCGGAGGCCGUUCUGUCGGUGCCGAGCGGGAUACAGUACUCAUCACCAUGGCGACAGAGGGAAUAAGAACAUGUAUGCCACGGAGUCAUCCUGCGUCACGUAUGAAGAUGUUGAUGACACAUCUGUGUUUCCUUCUACUGACACAACUCUGGAACACAGCAGGGGUCCAGGGCAAACGUUCAGGGUCCUGGACAUGUCUGCAUUCAGCGCUCCUCCUCUGGAGACAACAGAUGAACAUGAUGAGGACUAUGAUGAUGAUCAUGAUGAUGAUGAUGAUGAUGAUGAACUGGACAGUGACUUCAGGGACUUUCUGUCCACUGGCAGAUCAAGGCAACAGACAUUGUUUGAAUUUAAACCUGUCUUCACUUCACAAAGCCUCAGUCAGACUGAUCUGGAGAAUUUUGCCUACUUCUUCCCAGAGGAUCAUCUUGCAGAAAGCCGACCUGAGGUCCGUCCCAGGUGGCCCACUCCAAGUGGUCUGACAUCAGCCACAGCUCUGGAGGUGUGCCAUUUAGCUCUGGCCAACUCCACUGUUGGGGCAUCGUGCCGGGAGUUGCUGGGGCGCCGUCUGGAUGAAGCUGUGGAUCUCUGCACCCUGGACCUGCAGCUGAAGGAUGACCUGGGCUGGGAGAAGGCGCUGCUGCCGUACCUGGAGAACGAAUGUGAACGGAGGCUGUUGGAAAACCGGACCCAGCGAGUCCUCGGAGUGUCUGGUGAAGCACGACCAGGGCAGGUGGUGAUGGCACUGCGAUGUCCCAACUUCUGCAGUGGGAAUGGGCGGUGCACAGAGUGGGGCUGCCGGUGCCACCCGGGGUUCAGCCUCUACGACUGCAGCCGGCCCAUCAGCCAGCCAGCAAAGCUGACAGAUCUGGAGAACAGUGGACUGUGUGACCUCCGAGUCUUUGACUGCCGCAGGGUUCGAGUCUUCGGUCUUGGUUUCAUUGACUCACCCAACCUCAGCUGUCAUGCUACAAGACUGAAGUAUGUGAAUGGAAUUUGGGUUCCAGCAGAGAAACAAAGGACUAAAGCCUCGUACCUGAGCUCCAAGGCUUUGGACUGCAGCGUUCCACCCCUGAGCAACACGGCCAUCCACACCGAAGACUUCACAAUGGACGAUAAACCCUACGCACGGUGGGAGAUCACGGUGACCAAUGACGGUUCCCUGUACAGUCACGCCAAAGUGUUGACGAUCUACGAUGGUGUUUGUCAGGUCUGUGAAGCAUCACGCUCAGGACUUUGUAAGUCCAAGGAGCGGACAUGUCGGAUCGACGGAAUGUGUUUGGCAGAAGGAGAUUCGAACCCCAGCAGCUCCUGUCUCCUCUGUGACCCGGACACCUCCUUGGUCACCUGGUCUCUCAACAAAGCCAAUGAGCCGCCUGUCUUUCACCGACCGCAAGACGACCUGCAGACAUUCGAGGGUGAGAACUUUGUCUUCCAGUUCGCUGCAUCAGACCCUGAGGGAUCGGCCAUCCUCUUCCAGCUGGAGGCGGGGCCACCGGGGGCGGUCCUCUCCCCCGCCGGCCUCCUCAUCUGGAGCGUCCCGACACUUCCUGGGGAGGAGGAGGGACGACGGGAACAACGCACCUUCCGUUUUACACUCUCAGAUGAGUGCAACGCUCGGAGCAGCGUCGCUGUGGAGGUCACCGUGGUGCCGUGUGGCUGCAGCGCCGGCGGCACGUGCGUGACUGAUGUCAACUUCCCAGCGGGCAGCGGGAAGUACCUGUGUGUGUGUCCUGACAGACGGCACGGCGACCUCUGUGACCUGGAAGUAGAUGAAUGUCUGUCGCGUCCAUGCAAAGCCGGCGUGUGCGUCGACACGGCCGGCGGCUACAGGUGUGAGUGUCCACCAGGGCGGAAAGGUGGACUGUGUCUGGAAGAUAUUGAUGAAUGUGAGAUGAAGCCCUGCUUUCCUGGAGUUCAGUGUUUCAACACCUUCGGCUCCUACAGCUGCAGCCCCUGCCCCAAAGGCAUGCUGGGAAAUGGGACAGCGUGUAGUGCUGUGAUCAGGCCGCUCACUGACUCUCCCACAUCUGUUCCUCAUACGGACGUCCAAAAGAUUCCAGAUGUUCCGCUGCACUCACCAGGAAUUAAAACAGAGACUUUCCCAAAGACUUUAAGUGGGAACUCCCUGCAGAUGAGAGCUGAGGAGGCAAAAAAAAUUCCAAGAACAGACCCAGAUGGAUCAGAAACACAGACCAACACUUGGAGGAACAUUCCAAGAAAUAGUCUGGGACGGACUAUAUCAGAGACUAACAAGAGCGUCUCAUGGACUAAACAAACGCUGAACGAUGAUUUGAGAAAAGAAAUAGAUCCAAACUAUUCCCAGGCCAACACAGACACUUCCAAGAACAUAUCAGGAACUACACAGAUCCAAAUCACCUCUAACCCGCCCAGUGAAACGGCUGCCAGGACGUCCGGUGAAGAUCAGCCUCCUGCUGGUUCUGGUCGUUCUGGUGUUCUGAACGGGUCAGCUACAUGUGCCAGUCGGCCCUGUUUCCCCGGGGUUCUGUGCAUUGACCGUAGGCCACCACACGUUGGCUACGCCUGUGGCCACUGCCCGCCUGGUCUCUAUGGCAACGGACGCAUCUGCACAAAGAACACCAAAGCAGCAUCCAGUCAUCUUCCUCAGCAACAGUCCGUGAGCAAACCCAGCCAGCCCUCACACAGCAGCAACAACAGAGUCUCCCAGCUCCACCUGCCUGUCGUUCCCGCUCGCCACGGUAUCAAGCAUCUGUCCUCGCCCGUCACCAGACGGAACCGGGGCGGUGAGCUGCACCAGGCUUCAGGAAAGGAAGACUCAAGUGGGAGGAGAGACGCUUUUACUGUCGCUUCAAGAAAUGGUCCCAAAACAUCAGUCACUGACCUCCAUCUAAAAACAAACACAGCCAAGUCCAGUACCAAGGAGGACUCCACCACGAGCUUCAGCAGCUCCCGCGAGAUCUUCCAGCUGUUCCACGGAGAAGUGAAAGGUUCUGUGCCUCAUAACAAAGUAACUCCACCCAUUUCUCAGCACGAAACCCACCCACAACUCAACCACAUGAUGCCCACCCGGGUCAAACCUUGGACCGCUCCUCAACCAGACCGGCCACUGACAGCAGCACUAACCGCGGUGUCCUACUUGCUGUCCGAGUCAGAAUUCUCUGCAGAUGGCGAUGAGGUGGAACCUGGACUCCCAGAGCUGCCAUCAUUGAUACCGGGGUUGACCCUCACAAUGCCGGGCAGACCCGCCCACAGCACCAGCACCUCACUCCGCAGAGCUGGUCCACCACAGAGGAUCAGGCCGGUGUUGUCCUGUGCUGACAGGCCGUGCUUCCCCGGUGUCCAGUGUGAGCCAGCACCGGAUGGGGGCUUCCAUUGUGGGAGGUGCCCUGUUGGAUAUAUCGGACACGGACAAACAUGUCGAGCUGUUUGCAAGCAUCCAUGUGGGAGGAACAUGGCUUGCGCGGCGCCCAACACGUGCCGCUGCAAACCAGGUUACACGGGAAACAACUGUCAGACAGCGAUGUGCGAGCCGCCUUGUGUGAACGGUGGCGUUUGUGUGGCUCCGACCGUGUGUCAGUGCCCCCGAGGUUUCCACGGAGAAACCUGUCAGGAAGCUCUGUGCAGCUCGCCGUGUGAGAAUGGCGGCGUCUGUGUGGGACGCCAGUCGUGUUUGUGUCCUUACGGGUUUGUUGGACCUCACUGUGAAACCAUGGUUUGCACUCGUCACUGUCAUCACGGAGGUCAGUGCGUGGCUCCAGAUGAGUGUGAGUGUCCACCGGGCUGGACCGGACCAUCCUGUCAGACAGCCGUUUGUUCUCCUGUUUGUCUGAACGGAGGUUUGUGUGUUCGGCCAAAUACCUGCGAGUGUCCUCGAGGAUUCUACGGCGCACGGUGUCAGAACGCCAUGUGCAGUCCUUCCUGUAAGAACGGCGGCCUGUGCCGGAGGAACAACGUCUGUGCCUGCCUGCAGGGAUACACGGGGACACGCUGCCAGAAAAGCGUGUGCGAGCCCAUGUGCAUGAACGGCGGGAGGUGUGUUGAGCCCAACGUUUGCGACUGCCCGUCGGGUUGGCAGGGAAAGCGAUGCGACAAACCCAGCUGUCUGCAGAAAUGUCUGAACGGAGGAGAAUGUGUCGGGCCCAACAUCUGUCACUGCACCGUCGGCUGGGGAGGCGCGCUGUGUCAGAGCCCUCACUGUGAACAGAAAUGUCUGUACGGCAGCCGCUGUGUUCGGCCCAACGUGUGUGCCUGCCGGGGAGGAUCUUCAGCCUCACUCUGCUCCAGGAGGCUUCCGAUCACUCAAGGCUGACAUCACUUUAACGUCUGCAGCUCGCCGAACACGUGGAUCUCAGAGAAAAUCAAUAAAACUUUUGGAUGAUCCACAGCCGUAACAAGAACUUCUUCCAAAACUCAAACCUGGACACAGUUUCUGCACUUGAAUUCUUCAAACAUCAGGAAUUUAUUUAUUUUUUAAACCUUAUCUUUUAUUCUUUUAGAGACCAAGUAGAGCUGGGCCUCACUCAAAAGGUUAAAGGUCACCACCGUGCAACAAAAGCAUCAUUGUCACGACUGUUAUUGUCGGUAUGUUCACGAAGAUUAAAAUAAGAAAUGGAAGAAAAAAGCAGAAAAUCAAACUUCCAACAACCAAGAGUUAGUUUGGUUAUGAUCCUCAUCGUGUUAAACCGCUUUGAGCUUCUCUCAUCUGAACCAAUUAUUCACCUUUAAUGUCAGUCAUUAAAAAAUAUCUCUGGCAUAUUAAAAUAUGACAAUCACAACAGCAGAUUUUCCACAAAUUCCCAAAACAU